AAACUAAUUUUUUAAUUAUAUUUACCAUCUGCUAGUUUCUAUUAAAUAUGUUUUUCCACAAAUCAAUACAUAUGUGAUUUAGGGAGAGUAAAAUUUUAAACUAGUACAUUUAUCAAUUACGACAUAUCACCUAACUCAGUCAUUGUACUCUACACCAGCACGCGGCGGCCCGCCAUGCGCUGCUGCCCUCCUCUUCCUCCCUUCUUUAAAACCACCCCCGCCUCGCAUCUUUCUCUUUAUCUCACAGCUCACUUCCCGCUCUUCGGGUCUGGACUCUUCCUUCGAGACCCGGAGGAGAGGGAACAAAGAAGGAGCUCGUUCGCCGAUCAGCGCGCCAUCCCCCGCCACCGCCGCCGCAUCGUCUCGCUCGCGACGUCUUACCGGCGGUCGUUCUCGCGAAGCGCCGACGACGUGAAUUCUCUCGACUGUAAUUCGGUUCAGAAUGGACAGGCUCAUAAGCUUGGAGCCGUCGAACACGGUCGUCAUCCGGAUCGAGCCGGGACAGAAGUGCUGCGGCGAGCUCACCCUGCGGAACGUGAUGUACACCAUGCCGGUCGCGUUCAAGCUCCAGCCGGAGAACAAGAGCCGCUACACGGUGAAGCCUCACUCGGGGAUCAUCGCCCCGCUCUCGACGCUGGCCGUGGAAAUCACCUAUCACUUCCCGCCCGGCUCGGCCCUCCCGUUCCCCGAAUGCGACGACCUGUUCCUCCUCCACAGCGUCGUGGCCCCCGGCGCGGCGGUGAGGAGCUCCAGCUCCGCCUUCGAGGUCCCCAGCGAUUGGUUCGCCGCCAGGAAGAAGCAAGUGUUCAUCGACAGCGGCCUGAGGGUCGUGUUCGUCGGCUCGCCGAUCGUGGUUCGGCUCGUGGCGGAAGGUUUGAUGGACGAGAUUAGGGAGGUGAUGGAGCGGAGCGAUCCGGCUUGGAAGCUCGUGGACUCCGUCGACGAGCACGGCGAGACGUCGCUCCACCUGGCCAUCGCGCAGGGCCGACCCGACCUCGUCCAGUUGCUUCUUGAAUUCGAGCCGAACCUGGAGGCUCCUAACCGAUCGUCGGGAUACAGCCCCCUCGAGGCGGCCGCUGCCGCCGGACAGACUCUGAUCGCGGAGCUCCUGUUGGCUCGGCGAGCGAGCAUUGAACGGUCGGAGACGUCGAACCGGGGCCCUGUUCACCUCGCCACGGGCGGCGGACAUACGGAGGUGUUGAAGCUCCUCUUGCUGAAAGGAGCCGACCUGAAUGCUCUCACCAAGGACGGCAAGACGGCCUUGCACGUCGCCGUGGAGGAGCAGAGACGGGAUUGCGCGAGGCUCUUGUUGAGCGGCGGAGCCAAGCCCGACGUGCACGACGGCAAAGACGGCGACACGCCCUUGCACAUUGCGGCGAGCUAUGGAGACGAGAGCAUGGUGAAGCUCCUGCUGCAGAAAGGAGCCAACAAAGACGUCCGCAACAGGAGCGGCAAGACCGCCUACGACGUCGCGGCGGAGCACGGCCACGCGAAGCUCUUCGACGCCCUGAAGUUAGGGGACAGGCUGUGCGCAGCGGCGAGGAAAGGAGAAGCGCGGCAGAUCCACCGGCUUCUCGAGAACGGGGCCGCGAUCAACGGCCGCGACCAGCACGGGUGGACGGCGCUGCACCGCGCCUCGUUCAAGGGACACACCGAGGCGGUCAGGGCUCUGCUCGAGAAGGGAAUCGACAUCGACGCGAAGGACGAAGACGGAUACACGGCCUUGCACUGCGCGACCGAGUCGGGGCACAUGGAGGUGGCGGAGCUGCUAGUGAAGAAAGGCGCCGACGCGGAGGGAAGGACCAACAAGGGCCUGAGCGCGCUUCAAAUUGCCGAGUCACUGGCUUACGCGGGGAUCUCGAGGGUACUCGGGCACGGCGGCGCGUGCAAGGACGGGAGCACCCAUAUCGCGGGCGGCGCCACUUCGCUCCUCGGUGGCGUCGGAGGAGGAUCCUUGGGUCGAGAUGCCGAAUGCGGAGAGCUAAAGAAGAGGCAGAUCAGUCGGAGAAGAAAGGGACUUCGCGGCAGCGUCGAUUUGUCAAGGCAAAUUGCUGUGCUCUAAUCUAAGGACUAGGAUUGAAUUUGGCAUAAUUUCUGCACAUUCUAAUUCUUGAUUAGGCUCUGUCUAUUGAUUCUUUUUUUUCUUUUUUUUGUAGCAGAAGUUGGUGUGGUAGGAUUUCAUACCUGUAGAUUCAUCAGUACACUGUGUCCAUUUCUGUAAACCUAGUUUGAGCCAUGCUAAUCCUAAGUUCGUACGAAAGAUCAGCGUAGAUAAAGGCAGCGCGCGGUUCUUAAUCGGUUAAUCUUCUAUUGUAAUCUUGAUCGAUGAGUUGCUGAUUUUCUGGGAUCGAUCAUUUGUACGGUGGUCUGAUGGCGUUUGCGUAUAGUAUUUGGUUAAAAAUAAGCUGGAUGAUCAAGGGGCACUUUUCUCUUGCUUGUGCCGCUCUGGGAAAGUUCUCAUGGAAGCUUAAAUUAGCUUGGUUUAGCCAUCAAUGGUGUGUGAUUUAUGUUCUCUUGCAAGUUAGUGCAUUCGGUUCAUACGGUUAAAUCGAAUGAUUUAUGGCUAAUUUAUUAAGACUAAUCUCACAUCAAAAUUAAUUAAUCCGUGACCAUUGCAUUAUAAGUGAUUGAGCCGGCGGAUCUAAUUGUCAGGCCUUCCAAUCCAUUGGCCCUUUUGGCAAAUAUGGUCCGUUAGGCUAAGUAAGGUUCAUUUAUUUCACAAAAAUACACGUUUUGAAAAAUAUAUUUUUAAAAAUGAUAUAUUUGGAUAAUUGGUCAAUAAUUUUUUUUAUUAUUGAUAAUGAUUUAUGCUUAAAUGUUUUUACAGAUGAUAAAAAUAUAAUUUUCAUUUAUUUAUAUUUGUAAGUGAAAUAAAUGAUUAUUUUUGAGAAAAUAUUUUUCAAAUCAUUCUUUUUUUGAAAACAAAUAAAUCCUAAGCUUGUUGGUUCAAGAUGACUGGCGUAUAGAUGUUUGUAUAGGCGAUUUCCAUCUCUCCAACUGAUGUCUUCAGAAAUUAACAGAUGGGUGUCAUUUUGAAAAUUUUCGGUCCUCAUGGGUUCAAAAUGGGACAGGCUCAAGUCAUGAUGUUGCUAUAAAAAAACUCGUUGGCGAGAGAUUUUCCAACUUUUUGAUCAAUAAGAAACUCUCGAUUUUCUCCCCUCGAUUAUAUCUCUAUUUUCAGAGGCAUCCUUUGAAUGAUAUGUAUAACAAUGAUAUCACGUGGUAUGCUAACAUGAUAUACAUAAUUAGAUCAAUCAUAUAAUUCAUUUUAUUUUCCAAUAUGUGAUUAUUCACUUUAGGGAUUUCAAAAUAUUUCGCUUAAUUGACUUGAUAAUACCAGGCAAUAGAAUGACAAGAAGGGCUAUUAAUAUGGUAUCUAAAAAUCCCGUGUCAAGUUAG